AUACCGUUAGAAAUACACCACCGACAUCUGAACCGGACUCAUUAAAACGAUGUCGUUUAACACUUAUGAUCAGCUGUGUGUUCGCUGACACUAGUCUUUCCACACUAUUCACUGUCUGAUUCGUUAGAUUGAGCUUGUUUUUGGUGUUUGUUUUGUAAUGGCGCGUCGGUCCGGAGAUUGCAUGAGAUGUCUUGUGAUCUUCGCGGUGGUAUCUGCUCUACUAGUGUGUGGACCUGCGCUUUAUUGGAAAUUCAACAAAGGUUUCGUUGGAUCAUCCACUCGUAGAAACUCUAUGUGUCCUCCUUGCGUCUGUGAUUGCCCACCUCCUGUCUCUCUCCUCGGGAUUGCUCCUGGCCUUGCAAAUCUCUCAGGUACAGAUUGUGGAGGUGAUGAUUUAGAGCUCAAACAGGAAAUGGAGAAGCAGUUUGUGGACCUUCUGACCGAGGAGCUUAAGCUUCGAGAAGCAGUUGCAGAUGAGCAUAGCCGUCAUAUGAAUGUUACCCUUGGAGAAGCUAAAAGAGCUGCGUCUCAGUAUCAAAAGGAAGCUGAGAAAUGCAAUGCGGCUACUGAGAUCUGUGAGUCAGCUAGGGAGAGAGCUGAAGCUUUGUUGAUCAAGGAGUGGAAGAUCACUUCUUUGUGGGAGAAGAGAGCUCGUCAAUCAGGCUGGGAAGGUGAAUAAAAACUGAUUUCACUUCCCACGUUUUUCCAUAUAUGUAGUUUAUUGAUUUGCCUUUGGAUCUGAAUAUAUAGCUAAAAGGAAGGCUUGGCCAUUGUAUUGACUUUUCUUCAUUAUAUAUACAAAUUGUCCAUU